AUGCUGUUCAAGACCGCUCUUCUCCUCCUCCCCAUCUUGGCCUCCGCCGCUCCUGCGGCCGUUGAGCGCCGCGACGACCUGCAGCCGGUCUCCGACGACGACCGCGCGGGCAUCAUCAACCACAUGUUCCAGUACGACGCUGCCGCGGACGUCAUCUACGGCCCGGGCGGCUACCUCGACAAGGACGGCUUCCACCCCGACGGUGGGGACAAGAACGAGAAGCGUGACCUCGAGGAGCGCACUCUCGGCCUCCUCCUCGCCUCCACCCGUGCCAUCCUCGGCGGCCUGAGGGGUUUCGCCGGCGGAGGCGGCGGUGGUGGUGGUGGUGGCGGCGGCAACUCCAACAUCAACUACAACAUCAACAUCAACGGUGGUGGAGGUGGCGGCGGCGGCUGCGCCCGAUGCUACCGCGGUCCCCCUCGUGUCAACGCCCAGGGCUUCAUCGAGGGCAACGGCUGGAUCUGGGGCAGCGACGGCUUCCACGUGAACAACGGCCAGCAGCGCCGCUCCUUCACUGGCUCCGCCACCGUCAUGACCAAGCGCGACGGCCAGUACGUCGACGCCUUCAAGCCCGAGGCCGGAACCCUCAACGACCUCUUCAAGUACGAUGCCGAGAACAAGAUCCUCUAUGGCCCCGGCGGCCACGUCGGCGAGGACGGCAUCUUCAUCCCCGAGGACGACGGCAACACCCUCCAGCGCCGCACUCUCGGCCUCCUCGCGCUCACUACCCGUCUCCUCCUCGGCGGCGGCAAGUUCGGCGGAGGUGGUGGUGGUGGCGGCGGCGGUGGCGGUGGUGGUGGUGGUGGUAACAUCAACUACAACUACAACGUCAACUACGGCGGCGGCGGCGGUGGUCGCUGCCCCGGCGGAUGCGGAUGGUACGCCCAGGGCGCCGCCCUCGUCGGCCCCAACGCCUACUGGGACUACACCGGAUACCACGAGGGCCAGUACGAGCCCAAGACGUGCUCGGUGUGCUAA